CCCGGACCCGAACCCAAAGACUUGUCAUCCGAUGACCUGGAACGGCAACUAGCGUCCUUGGCCAUCGCAAUGCUGAGCGACAACCGCAUGCGAGCGAGCCUGCAGGUGGCUCCCCUGGAGCUCACCAAAGCUCGGUCUGAAGAGACAAACAAUGGCUCUUCUUCACACGAUCGGGCCCCCAAAGGCGAAUCAACCCUGGACAGUUCACAUCUGCGCUCGCAGAUGACACCGCCCGUUACGCCUCAUGGCUCGCAAGAGGAUCUCAGUCCCCGACCGGAAUCUCAUAUACCACCCGUCUUCCACAACUUUCUCCGCGCCUUUUAUCCCUUUCAUCCGACUCUCGCAAUGUCCGAUUCAAGCGUCACUCUGCCACUGGAUGAGGGAGACGUUGUUUUAGUGCACUCGAUCCACACCAACGGCUGGGCAGAUGGAACACUGUUGGCAUCAGGCGCGAGAGGAUGGCUUCCGACCAACUACUGCGAGGCGUACGAGCCCGAGGAAAUGCGGAAUCUCCUAAAAGCGUUGCUCAACUUUUGGGAUCUGCUGCGGAUCACGACCAUUGACGAGGGACACAUGUUUCAAAGCCAGGACUUUAUGAAGGGCCUCAUUGGUGGAGUGCGAUAUUUGUUGGCAAGUCCUCCCGCUACCUAUUUGUUUCGCACCCAGUGCUUAAACCGAGAGUCCAUUCUCAUUCAGCGGUGUGAAGCUCUACGAAGGUGCCGCAAAUCGCUCCUUUCAGAGCUUUCUUCGCUCGUCAAGACGUCAAAGCAGCUCCAAGAUCUCCAAUUAGUGGCACUGGACUUCCCUGAAGAGAUCAACGACGUCGUGGACACGAUGAUCUUGAAGGCAUUCAAAAUCAUCACCAAGGGGGUUCGGUUUCUCGAUGUCCUGGACGAUGAUAGGCGAGCUCACUCUUCUUCGCUCACAACUGAAACUUUGCCCCCAGUGAUUGAGGAGACGUGCGUUCCUCCAACACCUCCCGCAGAUAGGGCAGCAUUUGGUGAGACGACAUCAGCCGCUAGGGAUGACCGUGCUUCCGCCAGCGCAGCUGCUGGAGACGCCGCUUCUCGUGCGUCCGGUGAGACCAACACCCUCGUUCGACCGGCGCAAAACAAUCGCUGGAGCAGGCGAUUGUCGUCCCUGAACGCGCAGGGUGGUCCUCAUUCGCGGCCACACUCUCAAGCCAGCGUGAACCGCCUCUCCACGAACAUGGCCCACAGGUUGUCGCUGGCUGGACCAUCUCCGCUUUCUCGCCCUCAUCACCUGGUAUCUGAGCGUCUAAGCAAGAGUCAUGACAAGUUUCUUUCGCAUCUUGGCUCUUUCAUUGGUCGUUUGCAUUUGCAGUCUCAGUCACGACCUGAGCUUGCGACGGCCAUCAAGCAAUCCGCCCUUUCUGGUGGAGAACUCCUGGCAGUCGUGGAUGCGGUUUGCUCGCAAAGCAGCUCCAUGGUUGGCCCACUGGGAUUGUCACGGGAGGCCUUGCUCGAGCGCAUCCGGGACUUGGUGUUUGCUGCUCGAGACACUCUGGCGAAUGCGGAGAUAGAGGGAGCCGAUAUAAUCCUGCCACAGGAUAACACCAUCAUGCUCAUGUCGGCGACAGGCUGUGUGAGAGCAGCUGGCGAAUGCGUUGCCUUGACAAAGGGUGUGAUCGAGAGAACAGGAGAUUUCGAACUCGAGUCUGAUGGCAAUGCUCUUCAGUUAGACCUUAGCGUUCUGGACGCCACGGCGACAAGGUCAAGGACACCGUCGGUUGCAGAGAGAUCCGACGUUGCCAGCAUUGCCAGCUCCGCCCACACCACAGAGUCGAAUAGCUCUUCCGCCAGGCGGCCAAGUGUAGUGGCACUUGACAAGCCUCUACCUCGUGUCCCCGAAAGCCAACCUGACGAAGAAACUACCCCCCAGGCCCAAACCCCCAAGACUUCUCGGCCUUCCUCGGUGGCGGAAGGAGCCGUAUCUAGUCCAGCGUCCUCUGCUACAUCAGUUGGCCGAACGCUCCCUCCCUUGCCCAGACUUACCACCACACCCAUGCCCUACCAGAGUGCGGAUGACGGCGGUUCAGCCCGUGGACAGGAUCCCCAUUCUUCCUUUGACAGCAUGGCUGGCUCUAGUGCUGGCAGCAGCACAACCUACAUGAGCAGGGAUUCUGAAGUCAGCCUCGUCUCCCAGACCUCAACACGCGCCACUACCCCUGAUCAUACAAUAGUUCCCCGGAGCCAACCUUCUAUCUCUGAGUUGAGCUCUACAGGAACCCAUGAUGAGGACGCCGACGAUGUCGAGUCCAAAUUAUUGAUGAAGACCUAUGCGCAUGAGCUCGUUUUCAACAAAGAAGGCCAAGUGACGGGCGGCACACUGCCGGCAUUAGUCGAACGCUUGACCACGCAUGAGGCCACCCCUGAUGCUACAUUCGUCUCGACUUUCUAUCUGACCUUUAGGCUUUUCUGCACGCCCGUACAGUUGACGGAGGCGCUCAUCGACCGCUUCGAAUACGCGGCGGAAUCACCCAAGACCUCAAGCCCUGUCCGUCUGCGGGUAUAUAAUGCCUUCAAGGGCUGGCUUGAGUCGCAUUGGCGUGACCAGGCCGACCGUGAUGCACUGAAGCUCAUCAUCCCCUUUGCAGAGGAGCGCCUCAACGCCGUCUUGCCCUCUGCUGGCACCCGGUUGCUGGAAUUAGCGAAUCGCGUAUCUGGGGAGGGUGCGCUGGUGCCCCGGCUUGUGUCCUCCAUGGGCAAGGCCAACACAGCCAUCGGCCAAUAUGUGCCUGCAGAACUGCCGCUUCCCUCUCCCGUCAUCUCAAAGGCCCAGCAGAACACGCUGCACUCCUUCAAGGCCGGCAACGCCUCACCAACCAUACUCGACUUUGACCCACUGGAGCUCGCUCGUCAAAUAACCAUCAAGCAGAUGAACAUUUUCUGCUCCAUCCUGCCCGAGGAGCUUUUGGCCUCUCAGUGGAUGAAGAAGGGCGGAGUGGAUGCCCCCAACGUCAAGGCCAUGUCCUCCUUAUCCACAGACUUGUCCAACAUGGUUGCCGAGACGAUACUUCAUCAUACUGAGCUCAAAAAGCGUGCGGCCGUCAUUAAACAGUGGAUCAAGAUUGCACAGCAAUUCCUGGAGCUACACAACUACGACGGCCUGAUGGCCAUUAUCUGCACGCUUAACAGCAGCACCAUCACUCGCCUGCGCAAGACUUGGGAUGCGUUAUCACAGAGGCGGAAGGACGCUCUCCGCAGCUUGCAGGAGAUCGUGGAGCCAUCGCAGAACAACAAAGUUCUUCGCACCAAGCUGCAUGACCAUGUCCCCCCUUGCCUGCCCUUCCUCGGCAUGUAUCUGACUGACUUGACUUUUGUGGACAUUGGCAAUCCGUCAACGAAGCAAGUAUCGUUGGGCAGCGAAUCUGAGGAAGACGGAGGAGGAGGCUUGACCGUUGUCAACUUUGACAAGCAUACUCGGACAGCCAAGAUUAUCGGCGAGCUUCAGCGAUUUCAGAUCCCUUACCGGCUGACUGAGCUGCCUGAUAUGCAGGAAUGGCUGUCCGCGCAGUUUCAGCUCAUCCGCGAAGGAGACCACGGCAAUGUCCAAGUGACAUACUAUAGAAAGAGUCUCCUGCUUGAGCCUCGCGAAACGGCAGCGAGACGGGACUCUGAAACGCCGGCUGGAGCUGCGACGUUAUCAACUCCAUCUACCCGAACAGAUCUCUUUGGGUGGAUGACGCGAAGUGGCCAGAGUUCCACACCAACACAACCUUGA